AUGAUUGAUAUAGCUGCAAUCAACAGUAUGACUUUAUGGUUAUCUCAAUAUCCAGAAUGGAAUCAAAGAAAAUCUAAUACUCGUCGUAUAUUUUUAUCACAAUUGAGUACAGCUUUGACUGCUCCACAAAAUCAACGUCGUAGUCAAGAAUCUCGACUGAUGCCAAAGGUCAAACUGGCUCUUCUAUCUCUUGGAUAUCAAGUUCCUUUGGGAACCGUAAAAGAUCUUCAUGUGAAUACUCAUACAAAUCGAAUAAAACGAAGAUGUUACUUGUGUCCUGCAAAACCUGGACGAAAAGUUCGACAAAUCUGUGAUAACUUUGGACAAAAUGUUUGUCUUUCGCAUUCCAACAGCAUUACAGUAGUAACUUGUCGAACAUGUGAAAAGAAGAAUUAA